AUAUUAAAUACAGAAGUUUCAAAUGAAUACCAACUAUUCAGUUACGCGGUGUAUUGAUUCAGGCAAAUUAUUUCAAAAAUAUUUAUAAGUAAUGACAAUAAUCGUAAUGGAAAAACGGAGCUUUGUCUUAUAUAUCAAUACGUAAAUUUUUUCUAUGAUAAAUUUAAUGAUUAAUGAUAUUGGCGCAAGUGUUGAUCAUAAUGUCUAUUGUAAAAUCGAUAAAAUUCCCUAGAGUUUAUAUAAAAACGGGAUAACUUUUGUUGUAAUAUCACUUGCGAAUUAAUUUAUCGAAAAACGAAUCAGUCGAUUUUAUUGCUAUCGAGGGACAACAUGUUCUCACGUUUGUUACUAUGGUGCAUUACAUUAUUAGUCUGUGUAUUAACUCAGACAAAUAAUAAAGUGAACGGUGAAGAAAUCAAAGAAGAAGACCGGAGUAUACUUGGAAAUAUUUUCCGUUAUGGAGCAGAUUUGAAAAUGAACGCAGCUGAUAGAAUUGAUGAUGCAUUCGGUCAAUUCGGAGGUUUAUUAGGAGCAGGAGCCGGCUCAGUUCUAUCUAAUGUCAGACAACUAGGAGAGACAGCUGCCGAAGGCAUAAAAAGAAGCGACGAUGCCUUCGAAAACAGUCUGGAGGCUGCCAAAAAUGCUGCGUUGUUGAGUUAUUUGACCGGAAGAGCUGCACCUAAAACUGCAAUAGACUUGGCCAAUGUCAGCUUGAAGACUCUUGAAAAUUUGAUUACAAAUAAAGAGACGAACUUACCGAGCUCGGGCAAACAAGUCAAACAAAUGGUCGUUGUUUAUGAAGACGGUUCCGUCGAACCUGUUUCUGAUAAUUUAUUGUCACUACUCGCGGGUGCUUCUCCAUCAAUAGUCUCCAACUAAAUCCAAAUCUCCCGUUACCCAUUUUUUAAUU